GUGGUGCUAUAGAUGGACAAAGUUUAACACAGCCAGGCUGCCAAUUCCUCUCCUCUGUUGCAAAGAGGAAAAGGGAAGAAGAGAUAUGACGGAAUACGAUGAUCGCAGCUGUGCGUCAAAUAUGUAUUUACCGAGCUGCACUUAUUACGUUUCGACGCCCGAUUUUACAUCAGUCUCCUCCUUUUUACCGCAGACUACUUCGUGUCAGAUAAAUUUCCCCUAUUCACCCAACAUAGCCCAAGUCCAACCUGUUCGAGAAGUCGCUUUCAGGGAUUAUGGACUGGACCAUCCCAGCAAAUGGCACUAUAGGGGCAAUUACGCAUCUUACUACUCAACGGAAGAGAUAAUGCACCGGGACUUGAUCCAGUCCUCCAGCAGCAGGGCGGAUGUGAUAUUCAAAAACGAGUCCUUUUACGGCCACCACGGGGGGACCAGCUCGCCCUGCAAUUUCUUCACCGGUGUCGGCCGAAAUGGGGUUCUCCCCCAGGGCUUCGAUCAGUUUUUGGACACUCCUAACUCGGACAAGCCCAACGCGGAGCACCCCAAACAAAAGACAGACUCUGCUGCUGCCGGAGAUGCUGCGAAUAACAAUCAGGCUUUAACCAAACUGGAGCAGCACAAAGCUGACCCGAGCGGGAGCGCCGACGAGGACUCAUCCUCCAACUGCGGCGACAAGAACAACCAACAGAGUUCAUCAACCAAGUCCAGGAAGAAGAGGUGUCCUUACACCAAAUACCAGAUCCGAGAACUUGAACGAGAGUUUUUCUUCAACGUGUACAUUAACAAAGAAAAGCGUCUUCAGCUGUCCAGGAUGUUAAACCUGACCGAUCGGCAGGUGAAGAUCUGGUUUCAGAACAGAAGAAUGAAAGAGAAAAAGCUGAAUCGCGACCGCCUACAGUAUUUCACUGGGAAUCCUUUAUUCUGAUACCUGACAUAGUUGUUGUACACACACACACACACACACACACACACACACACACACACACACACACACACACACACACACAGGCACACAGACACGGGAGCAAAAUAGGAGCCACACACACAUUUAAAAGACUGGUCCCCUCUGCAUAUUUGAUCCCUCAUCAUCCUGUUUAGACAAUUUAUUUUACAAAAAUCUGGCAAAACCAAGACGCCACUUUUUCUUUUUUUCUUUAUUGCAAACAAUUCCUGCAUUUAUUUAUUUGUGUUCACAUGAUUUCGUGUUAUUGGCGACACAUAUUCCAGCAAAGCGCGAAAAACGCGUGGAAAUUAUUUAUAUAAACUAUAUGUAAGGCUUCUACCUUGUGUAACUCCAUUUAUAAGACGCAUGUAAUGCACGUUGUGGUGUGAAAACUUAAAAUAGACACGACAAAUGUUGUAUCAUAGUCACGAACCUUGUCACAUGAACUUAACCAAGUCCUUAAAUAACACGAGAAAAAGGGGGGAUUUUUUUUCUCUCCAAAGAUUCAUGCAUACUGAAAUCUGACGCUUCGCAGGCCUGAUAAGUCCCGUCAUUUCCUCUGCUUUGAAACACUGGAUUGUUUACUAAACCUUGAACCGUCUAGACAGUAUAAUAAACAUAGCUGUAAAUGUCUAAAUAGGGGGCUAUUGCACUUUGGUGUCCCAACCCCCAGAUCACAAGAGCUCUGAUGCUCUUUCCUGUGUAGUUUCACUCCAGGCUACAAAUGUGUGGAGAAUAUAAGACACUUCUGCGCAUCCCGUUUUAUAUUUAGCGCCUUUUGACACAUUGAAGAGCUUGUGUUGGUAGCUGGGAUACAAUGGAGGAUAUUCUAACAAGGACCGUCAUAUGAAAGGAUAAGUAAUUUUUGAAGUUUAUCUGCUUUUCUAGUGUUCUCAAUGCGCAAAAUGUUUCUUUGACGCCUUCAAAUCUGCUGCAAAGGAGAAAGAUUUCCAACUGUUGGCAUGAAAUGCGCGUUUCCAUGUGUAAUUAACGCAGGUGACUCAUUUCUAUCUGUGCGCAGCUCCAUUAUACAGUGACCUCAGGCUGCUUCACCUGAGCACUGUAGCUUGUAUCUUAUGAGUCGAUAAACGCAUCGAUUCCACACAAAAAGUCGCUUUAUUGAUCUUUAAUUUGAUUUUUUCUCCAGCAGCCAUCACAGCCCUCGUUUAUGAAAUAAUAGUUUGAAGCAGGAUUAAUGUUUAUUUCAUUUGUGAUGCGUCACACCUACAGUUAUUUCCCAAAAAGCCUAUUAGAAAACUGAGUUUCAUUAAGCGUUUAAUUGGGUUGUCAUCAUGUCCUACAGUGAAAUUACAUUACCAACUGUGUGGGAUGUUUCACUUUGCUUCUCGGUGUAUCCACAUGAGGGCAGACUUGCUGCUUUGGCUGCGAGUGGAAAUGCAGAGUUGAGUCAAAUUUAACAUCUAGCCUGCAUGAAAAUAACUCACUGGAGGAAAAAUCCUUUGAAGAGAGGGUUAGUUUACAUUUUUAUUUUAGUUAACUACGCUUGGUGGCUUAAAUUUAGUUAUUUUCAACAGAUUUUAAAUAGUUGAAUUUUAAAUAAAAUGUCCAAGAUUACUUCUUUUUGUCAAAGUCAAACCAUUCCACAGUAAAAGCUGCAGCUUCCCUAAAAAAUAGAUUAAUACGUUAAUAAAUUAAUCUUAACACACAUUAUUUAUUUCACUCAACACCCACUUUACCUUCUGCAACUCCUGUGUCUUCCAGGCGGCCAUUACAUUUCCAAGUCAUGUUCAAGUGUUUUAAAAGGACAAGCAAAAUACAUGUAACUCGUGUCUUUGUAAUCUGAAACUCUAAAAUACAGACUUCGAUCAUCACCUGAAGGCCGCACAACCUCAAAGGCCGCUGCAAUCUGUCUCCACACACUCCAGAUGUUAUGCUGGCGAUGUGGGGAAAAUAUUCACGUAAAUGUGCUUUACAAUUAAUUUUUAUUUCAUUUUAUUUUUCAGCUGUAUAACUGUUGAAUUAUUGUUUAUCUGCGUCUGGCUAUUUGCUUUGAAAAAUGUAAGAGUGACAGCUACUCCAAAAAAAUGAAGGACACGAGGGCACAAGUUUUGCAUGAAUCUACAAUGUCGGUGUCCUUUUUUAAAUUAUUAUACCCUCAUUUUUUUUUUAUAAUAAAUAUCUACCCUUAUGUUUGAAAGAAUAUUAAAUAUAUUAGUGGAUCUCCUGGCAUUUACUUUAAAUUAUCAUUAUUAUUGUUAUUAUUAUUAUUAUUGUUAUAUUUGUUGUUAUGCCAUUGUUUUUCCACUUUUACGGUACUUGUGUACAUUUUGUGCGUGUAUGAAUUGUUGAUUAUGCCUAAAUAAUAUACUCCCAUAUUAUUUUUUAUUUCAAUUCAGUGCGUCACAUGAUAUGCAAAAUAGCCCAAUGUUAUAUUUGAGCAAUUGUCUUUAUUAGAAACAUGCUUAUUAAAACAAAAAUGGUGUCCGUGUUGUCAGAUGUCUCAGUUAAAUGUUUUUUUUUAAAUUUCCUUUCUUUUAAUAACUAAUCGGAGGAAUGUAUUUUUUACACAUAUUCACUGAUUAAACUUGGGGUUUAACGAGUCUGUAUGUGGUUGUUUGUGAAUCCUGUGAUGCUGAGAUGAUUUGUAUACUACAAAUGCGUAUUUACAACCAACUGUAAAUAUCUGAGAGCCUUGAAGACAGAUCUGCACAUCCUCUUACACAAGAUUAAGGAUUAUUUAAAUCUUGGCGCAAAGACCAAAGAUAUAAUUAUUCCAAGCUGCAUUUAGUGUUUUUUAUUUGUAACAGACCUGUAGGAUCAUUGCGAUUAUUUUUAGGUACAAAGUGUUUUUAUUUUUUCCCCUUCUCAGUUUAUCUUGCACACAUGUACCUUCCUUGCAGACAAAAACAAUGGAGCCCUGAGCAAAAAUAAUCCCCAGAGUGUGCAUACUUUUAUUUUUUGGAACAUCGGAAAUACCUGUGACAAAAUGCAAAUAAAGAUUGUGCUUAUAA